CUUAACUUGAGUGAUCUUAUUAAUUACCUCUUACUCUCGUGCAGCAGCACACACACACACACACACCACAAUCCACUUCUUCAAACUUCAAACAUGGCAUCCACCUCUUCUUCCGCUUCAAUCCCACGAUCAUGCACCCAUCACGUGUUCUUGAGCUUCAGGGGAGAAGACACUCGCACAGGCUUCACUAGCCAUCUCUAUGCCGCCCUCAGAAGGAAGGGAAUCACUACCUACAAAGAUGACAAUAACCUUCGCAAAGGCCAUGUUAUUUCAGAUGAACUCCUCAAAGCAAUCGAAGAGUCGAUGUUUGCAGUCAUUGUUUUCUCACCGGACUACGCUUCCUCCAGUUGGUGCUUGGAUGAGCUCCAAAAGAUCAUUGAGUGCAAUAACAAGCUGGGGAUCCAGAUCGAAGCAGUGUUCUACGGUGUGAAGCCUUGUGAUGUGAGGCACCAAAUAGGAACCUUUCAGGAAGCUUUCAAGAAACACGAGCAGAGACAUGACCGUGAGAAGGUUCAAAGAUGGAGGGAAGCGUUAACACAAGUUGCUGCUUAUUCCGGUUGGAGCUCAAAAAAUCAGGACGAGGCAGUACUUGUGGAAAACAUUGCUCAACAUAUAUUUGAAAUAUUAAUUCCAAAGUUACCAUCUUCAAUGAAGAAUCUUGUGGGUAUUGAAUCAAGAGUGGAACAAGUGAUUACUCUAAUAGGUCUUGGAUUGAAUGAUGUUCGCUAUAUGAGCAUAUGGGGAAUGGGUGGUAUAGGUAAGACAACUAUUGCUAGAGCAGUCUUUGAAACCAUUCGAAGUAGAUUUGAAGUUACUUGCUUUCUUGCCGAUGUAAGAGAACAAUGUGAGAAGAAAGAUAUUACUCAGGUACAAAAACAACUUCUUGAUCAAACGAAUAUAAGUUGCAAUGCAAUUUAUAACAAGUAUGAUGGGAGGACAAUGAUUCAAAAUUCUUUACGUCUCAAAAAGGUACUUCUUGUUCUUGAUGAUGUAAACCAUGAAAAGCAAUUAGAGAAUUUGGCUGGGGAGAAAGAUUGGUUUGGUCCUGGAAGCAGAAUAAUAAUUACAACUAGAGACGUAGAGGUGGUAAAGGAACAAGAGGUGCAUGAAACUUAUAAAGUUGAAGCGUUAGUGGAAAGUGAAGCCUUUAACCUCUUUUGUUCGAAAGCUUUUAAACGGUCAAAACCUUCAGGAGGGUUUUUGGAUUUGUCAAAAAAAGUGGUGAAUUAUAGUGGUGGUCUUCCAUUGGCACUUAAAGUGUUGGGUUCCUAUCUUAAUGGUAGACCUAUUGUGGUAUGGCAUAGUGCUAUGGAAAAAAUAAAGAAGUCUUCACAUUCUGAAAUUAUUGAUGUAUUAAAAAUAAGCUAUGAUGGUUUAGAUUCAACGGAAAAGAAUAUUUUUCUGGAUAUUGCUUGUUUCUUUAAAGGACGUGGGAAAGAUUAUGUAACAAGGAUACUAAAAGGAUGCGGUCAUGAUGCUGAAAUUGGUAUUGAUAUUUUGAUUAAUAGAUCAUUGGUCACAUUAGAGCAGGAGACAUUCGGGAAGGUUACUCUGGGGAUGCAUGAUCUGCUUGAAGAAAUGGGCAAACAAAUUGUAAUUCAAGAAUCUCCAAGUGAUGCUAGUAAGCGUAGCAGAUUGUGGUGUUACGAGGAUGUUGAUUUUGUACUUAGUCAAAAGAAGGAAAAUAAAGCAACUCAUAGCAUCAUUUUAUAUAACAUGUACCGGGUCCGGGAGAUUGAAAGGAAUUGGGGAGAUUUGGAUAGAAGAGAUUUAUCUUUCUCAAAUAUAUGGCAGCUAAAGCUUCUCAUUUUAGAUGGCAUGACAGCUCUCAUUCUCUGUGAUAUUCCUUGCACAUUAAAGGUUUUGCAUUGGAUAUAUUGUCCAAUGAAAACUUUGCCCUUUACAGAUCAACGUUAUGAACUUGUUGAAAUUGAUCUGUCUUAUAGCAAAAUCGUACAGUUAUGGGAUGGAAAGAAGUUUCUAAAAGAUUUAAAGCACUUGAAUCUGUCCGGCUGCUACAAGUUGAAGCAAACGCCAGAUAUUUCCGAGGUUCCCAAUCUUAAAACACUUUAUCUUGUGGAGUGUAAGGAGCUGAAUUAUAUUCACCCGUCUCUCGCACACCACAAGAGCCUUGUUGAAUUGAAUUUACGGGGAUGUAGCAGUCUUGAAACACUUGCAGAUAAAUUGGAAACGAGUUCACUCGAGAGACUAAAUCUAUGUAGCUGCUACAGAUUGAGAAGAUUGCCAGAAUUCGGAGAAUGCAUGAAACAGUUAUCGAUUCUUACUUUGAGAUUUACAGACAUAAAAGAGCUACCGAGUACUCUUGGAAAUUUGGUUGGUCUGUCUAAGUUAGACUUAGCGGCAUUGGAGUCUAUUGUUCUUCCUGUAUCACUUGGAUGUUUUGUUGGCCUAAAGAAGUUGGAUUUAAGUGGAUGCAACGAGCUUAGUUGUGUUCCGUACGGUAGUCAUGGCUUAGAGUCCCUCACAGUUUGGGAUUCAUCUGACAACUCAAAUAUCGUUGGCCUUUUGAGUUCUCUUUCUCUUCUGACCUCUUUGAGUAGUCUGAAAUUAUGGGUGAGUUUUCCCACAUCUAAAGAGUACGAUCUUGGCCACUUAGCAUCGUUGACGGAUUUGGAUUUAUCGUGCAACAGUUUUUCAAGAGUUCCAAUAAGUAUCCAUCAACUUCCCAGAUUAAAAUGUCUGGACCUAAAUAAUUGCAGUUUUUUGGAGGUUUUGCCAGAGCUUCCAUCAAGUCUAAGAGAACUACGCGCAGAGGAUUGUUAUUCACUGGAUGCAUCCAAUGUGAAUGAUGUUAUAUCAAAGGCGUGUUGUGGCUUUGUAGAAUCAGCAAGCAAAGAUUGUGAAGAAAUCUUGCAAAUAGUGAUUCAUGGGAAGGAAAUUCCAGCAUGGUUUGAGCAUCAGGAACAACAUAACACAGUAUCAGUCUCAUUCCCGCAGAAUUGCGCUUCAACUGAAACCGUUGCACUUGCCCUGUGUUUUCUAUUUGAAGACGAAACGUUUUCAAAUGAACAGCCAUCGAUGAUCUGCAACGGUAAGGAAUUCAUCAGUAAGAGUUUAUUGAAGGUGUCGUCGUGUAUAUGUUCUGAGAAUUUGUUCAUUGUCUGCCUGAACGGUUACUAUUUUAGUAACCUGUUAAGCCAACACAAUCGCUUCCAAAUGCUAUUUCCCAAUAUCGAAGUUCAGAGAUGUGGAGCACGUUGGGUGUGUAAGCAAGACAUUCAAGAUUUCAAGAAAUGAAAAUCCCAAACAGCAACAAGAAAAGCAACUCUUGAACUGAACAUGGACGCGAUCUCGCAUUCUUCAGCUUCUAGAUUACCUUUAUGAUUGCCAGGUUUAGAUAUCUUCAGGCAAAUGAUUCCCCAUGUUUGAAGCUCUUGACAGAGCUCAUUGCAUGCAUCUAACUGCAAUGUGAGAACCAAGAAAGAAAUGUAAAUCUGCUGAAGGGCGUAUAUAUAUUUGGGGCAGACUAGUCGUUCUUCUGGGGGUGUCACAAAUGCAGAGAGGAUCUUGUGCAUAUGAAAUUUGGGCAUUUGUUUUUUAUGGAGAAUUCAGAAUUAUACCUAUUGAAGCUUCACUUUUCAUGUUGCUUCAGCUAGUCCUCAGAAAUCAGGUAAUUGAAACCAUUUUUCAUGUUGCCACAGCAGAGUGAUAUUUGGAAAGCAUGAUGAGACAGACUCAGAUUCAUUACAGAGGGAAAGCGAAAUAUGCAGGCCAUGACAUCUUUCCUUUCCAACUAUGUCAAGGUCCAGCUUUCAGAGAAAAUAAUAUACAUUGGACAAAGGCAACUAUCUGUGCCUAAAGUACAUUAUAUCUACCAUUUUCCAAUCAAGUUCAUCUUGAAUUAUAUCAAAGGAUUUGUCAGUGCAGCUUCAAAUUACAGCGCCAGUUGGAUACUUUCUCAAACAGGCUCCCUAAUGACAUUAUUCCAACCAUGCUCGACUGUGGAAAGCAUACAGCACCAUAUUGCAGUCAAACCCACAUUUGUCGAAUAUCAAGAUUUACUUGAAGAUCUUGAAGAGAAACUAUCUUCAAUUGCAAAUACGGAAGAAUAAUGAAAGUGAAUCUACAUUUCACAAAUGGAAUGUAUUGUUCCCUGUUGAAGUAAAUUGCUGACUGGGUUUCAUCGUUCCCCACAUGAUUGUCCAACAAAUCAUGCACCCCAAUUAAAGACCAUGCAUCAUUUGCCUUUGAAUCACUUGAUUGUGAGGACUGGAAAAUGUCGUGUCCGUGCUGGUUUACCAUGAUCUUGUUUACAAAUCAUAUUGGUGGUUGUCCAUUGAAUCUGGAGUAGUGCGUGUAGAUAGAGGUUAGAAGUAUUUGUAGGGAGGCUUGUGCAUGUUUGAGGAUUUCAUUAUUCUUUUAACUUUUUAAUACACAUUUUGUAAAGGGAUUUAUUGAUUAUGCUUCUGAAUUUUGAUAGCUCAACA